CUUUCCAAGCUCUUCGGCUCCUCGCCAAUGGCUUCCUCCGCCCUCGCUUCCCCUUUCCUCCCGCCCCUCUCCGCCCCAAACCCUAAGGCCCUCUCCCUCCGCCUCCCGGUUCGCCGUAUCCCCGUGGCGUCCGGCGCGGCUCCCUCGGGCGCCGCCGCGGCGGCGAGGGAGCGCCGACGCUUCCUGGAGCGGUACGGUCUCAACCCCAACGACUUCGAGGAUGAUACCGAGGAGGAACCCACGGAAGAGAGGAGGAGGGAUAGGCGGAAGCGGCGGUCGGGUCGAGGGGAGGCGGCGGCGGAGGUCGCGGUUGCUCCGACGAAGGCGUCUGAGCCUCGGGAGACGCAUAAGAUGCUUCAGGUAUUAGGAGGAAAAGUACGCCGAAGAAAAUUACUUUCACCAAAAGAUAGGAAUGUUCGUCCAAUGAUGGAAGUUGUACGAGGGGCAGCCUUUGACAUUUUACAGUCAGCUGGUGGUUUUCCUUCCUCGCUUAGACCUGGUCGAUGGUUAGACUUGUAUAGUGGCACUGGAUCUGUUGGAAUUGAGGCUAUGAGCAGAGGAUGUUCAGAGGUACAUUUUGUUGAGAUGGAUCCUUGGGUUGUUUCUGAGGUCCUUAAACCGAAUCUGGAGUGUACAGGAUUUCUUGAUGUUUCGCACAUACAUAUGAUCCGCGUCGAAAACUUCUUGUCCAAUGCUGAAAAAUCUAGUGGGAAAUAUCCAUCUUUUGAUUAUAUUAGUGUAACACCGCCAUAUGUUGAGGUAAACUACAGUACACUACUUGAUCAACUCGUAAGGUCACCAUUGGUUGGAGAAGAUUGCUUCAUUCUCGUUGAAUACCCGCUGAAAACAGAGAUGCCUGAAUCAUGUGGAAGCCUUAUAAAGAUAGCUGACAGGAGGUUUGGUAGGACAAACUUGCUAAUUUAUGGGCCAACCUGGGCCGAGAAAAAGAGGAGAGCUUGAGAUGAUUUGCGGAAUGUUGAGGCAAUUUCUCCUCUCUUUAUGCACAUCUUGGAUCUCUCCACAGUAAUAUGGGAAUACUGUAAUACAGACUCUUCAACAACCAUCCUGCAGAUAUGUAAUGACUGGAAAGGAACUCUGUCUCGACUGCAUCACCAGUCACCACACUCUUGAACAGCAACGAGUGGCUCAGCUCCUCUCGAAACCAUCAGCAGUGAAAUUCAUGGAACUUCCCGCGGAGAUAUACUACUGAGUACACUGGAAGACUGUACGAGACAGAGAGUACUUCUCUUUCAUUGUGGUUCACCGAUCCACGUCCCCAGAAGAAGAAAAGGAUCACUGCGUUUCUAGGGAUCGACAUCAAGCCACCAUUCGAUAGACAUCUCUCCACAUUGCUAUGAACCUAAAGGCUGCCUUCUCGGUGAUAUGAUCUAGUCCAUACAUAGAUUCAUGCAGUAUGCUGGCUCCAGCUGCAUCUAUAGGAUGAUUUUUUAUGUGCUCAAUCUCCAUGUAACAGCAUGAUUAUUUCGGCCAUUAAUUGAUGGAAACAAUAAGAACAAUGUGCUUGCUUUUGGUAUUUGCACUACUUCCCUGUGCGUCGUGUUUUCUGUUGCCAAGAUACAGUCAUGCAAACAUGUGCGGGAGCAUU